CAAGCAUGAAUAAAGUAUAAACAACGAUUCUUGAACGAGGAUAACCGGGAAGCUUGUUAUUAGAACGUUUGGUAAUGAUUCACUAAUAUAAUUCUUAAUUUUGAAAAGUCUAGUGUCUACUGAUUUAUAAUUGUUUUGUACAAAUAUUACAAAAUUUCAUCAUGAGUAAAGCACAUCCUCCAGAGUUGAAAAGAUAUCUUGACAAGAAAUUACAGUUAAAACUAAAUGCCAAUAGACAAGUAUCAGGAGUUCUGCGUGGAUUUGAUCCAUUUAUGAAUCUUGUUUUGGAUGAAACAGUAGAAAGAAUUAAAGAUGGUGUUGUAAAUAGUAUUGGCAUGGUGGUUAUAAGAGGCGAUAGUGUCCUAACUAUAGAAGCAUUGGAUAGGAUUGAUCAACAUUAAGCUUAGCAAAAACAAUGUAUUUUCCAUCAAAAAAAAAAAAAGAAAAAAAUGUUUUUAUAAUUUUUUCAAUUGUAAUAAAUUAAUUUAAUUCAAUUUAAAAUUAAGUAUUUACUUAAUGGCUGACUUCAAAUAGUCGGAGAAAGGUGAAGGAAAAGAAAACUUUACUUUAUCUUAUGGAAAUAUGGUAUACAAUUGUAAGAUCUGGUUAUGAGAAAAGUGUUUGAUAAUUAUAAUUUAAGAUUUUCGACAUA